AUGGACGAUUUGAUCUGUAUCAAUCACACGUUCGAAGCUCAUCUGUCAUCUCUCGAGAAAAUGUUCGCAGCAUUGCAAGCAGCAGGGCUCACGCUCAAACCGUCGAAAAUUCAAUUUGGUCAGAAAGAAGUCGACUAUUUGGGUCAUGUCAUCUCCGCAAAAGGUAUCUCUGUCAGCACCGACCGUAUUGAUGCCAUUCGCAACCUGCCCACUCCCACCUGCAUCAAAGAUCUCCGAUCUGUCCUAGGCAUGGUGAAUUUUGUCCGACGUUUCAUCAAAGAUUACGCCGAUGUCACUGCUCCGCUGGUCGAACUCACUCGAAAAAAUUGUAUCAAACGUGCUAGUUUUAGAAAAGCAUGGGGGUCGGCCCAAGAUGCCGCCUUCGAAAAUGUCAAGAGAGUCCUGUCCUCACCUGUCCUCCAUUUUCCCGUUUUUUCUCGAGAAUUUGUCGUUCACACCGACGCCUCUGAACAAGGCGUAGGCGCUUUCCUCGCCCAACCAUCCCGUGAUAUUGACGACGGUAAUGAACUCGAUAUCGUCGCGUUUUACAGUAAACGUUUUUCUAAGGGCCAAGGCCAUUACNCACCUGUCCUCCAUUUUCCCGAUUUUUCUCGAGAAUUUGUCGUUCACACCGACGCCUCUGAACAAGGCGUAGGCGCUUUCCUCGCCCAACCAUCCCGUGAUAUUGACGACGGUAAUGAACUCGAUAUCGUCGCGUUUUACAGUAAACGUUUUUCUAAGGGCCAAGGCCAUUACAGCGCUACCAUGAAAGAAUUCAUUGCGGUUGUCUGGGCUCUCACCCACUGGCGCCUGUACCUUUGGGGCCGCCAUUUUACGUGUAGCACUGACCAUCAAGCGCUUACGUAUCUGUACCACAUGCAAGACACGUCCAACAUGUUGACGCGCUGGGCUAUCGCACUCCAGAAUUACGAUUUUACUGUCAAACAUGUGCCGGGGAAACUCAACGUUGUCCCCGACGCUCUGUCCCGUAUUUUUAGCGAGGUUAACGGCGAUCAUGUGCCUUCCGAACCGCGCCUUGCGGCUAUCUGUCGCAACGUGCCAGACGAUAAACCAUUUUGUCCCCCUGUCCCUCGCGAUUACGAAGUGUCUUCAUACAACCUCGAUGAAACCGCGCUCGUCGAAAGCGACCGCGAAUUAUUUUCGAGUGCUGUCUCCGUCUUCCCGGUAGUCGAUUCUGUCAAGCUGUUGGAUCACCAAAAACGCGAGUUCCGCCAGUAUUUCGAUUACCUUGCUUCUCCCGCAAAAUCCCCUGUUCCCCCGAACCAGUCUAAGUCUAGCAUGAGCAAAUUUUUCCUUCAUGAAGGUUUGCUUUGUCGUUCGUACAUCGCAGCCCACCUACGCCGUAGGGCUCACUUCCGCGAUCAACUCGUGGUCCCGUCCUCACUACGAACCCUUGUCAUCUCCUCAUGCCAUGACCUACCCUCCUCUGGAGGCCACCUAACCUUCAAAGCCGUAGAUCUUGUUGAAUACAAGUCACUGUCCGAAGGAAACCGCUACAUCCUGUCCGUCAUCGACCAUCUCACGCGCUUCGUCAUAUUGAUCCCCAUCAAAUCAAAAGACGCCACUGUAACAGUGCGAAACCUUGUAGACCGCGUCUUUUCGGUGUUUGGUCCGCCGUAAACUCUGCACUCUGAUCAAGGCAAGGAAUUUGAAAACCGGCUUGUGCAAGAACUGCAGUCUGUCUUUGGGUACAAGAAAACCCGUACCGCCGCGUAUCGUCCUCAAGGCUUGCCUGCAAUUUUCUUUACGUGUGAAUCGAGCGGUUGGUACCGCCACUCUUCGUGUCUAUGAUGUUUUGGUGUGUGUUUAUGUUUUUCACGCGUUGUCUUGGUGUAUUCCACCCGAUUUUUGUUUUUGUGUCGGGACCCAUGUCCCACUCUGCUUUCGUCGUUGCUAUUGUAUCAUUUGGUACUACUUGCAGCUUAGCGGAUGGGGGGUCGCCAGAGACCAACGACGGAUCAUUCAUAAAAACACGAUUUCAAAAUAUCUUUGCCUCCAGGGUAUCACACGCCCUUGUCUCGUCCAGCCUCGCCUCUCUCCGAUCGCGGACAAGCGUCGCUGAUGACGACUGCUUGUCGCAGUGUGUACAUACUGAUGAAUUCGAUUUGUCCUGUGUUCCAUCGAUUCUCGGCCUUGCGACAAUCAAUCUGUUUUUGCUUUGUCAUGUCCAACGUCAAUACACGUCUGUCCUGUCUCCCGUCAUUGUUGACGCAAUGCCUAGCUUGAUAACCCGCAUUUCGUUAUGCGCAAGAGCUCUGACCAGCCUACAAGAUGGUUGUUAACUAGCGCACUGUAUCACCGCAAUGAUGUAGCCAUGCUGUCUAUGUCUCACUUCGGUGACCUCAUGUGCCCUGUCGCGUGCCAUAUCUCGUCUGGCCACGGUACGCAACGUUGCCCUGCGCACGCUUGUCUCCCAGGAUCUUACCUCACUCUGUGAUUUGUAAAUACGAGAAUCAUAGUAUAUGUCGCGACUAUAAAUAUUUUUUGUCUUGUACGAGUUGUCAGCCCUGCAGGCCGCAACGCAGAAGUGCAUUGCGAUAUACUCUGUACUCCCCAUCACUCUGUCCUUAUCGAUCCUGUGAUAAUUUUGUCUGUUGCCCAAACACUAACAACGGUGUUUUCGUCAACCCCGGUACACGUCCCGUUCACGGCUUUACCUCCGGCACUACUGUUGUCCGUACAUCGAUGUAUGUGUCGUCGUUGGAUUGACGUUGAGUGAAGUCAAUUAAAUGUAAGUGAAACUUUUUGUCAGCGAACCAGAACUCCUCGCUCUUGAGUUUUGGUGGAGUACGAGCUCUAA